GCAGUCCAGGCAGCCUGCUGUCACACUCUCCCUCUCUCUCACACACACAUUGUCACAGUAAAGAAUGGUGAGUCCCACACACGGCUUCGCUUUGGUCCCCUUGGCUUUGCACAGUGUGGAUUACUAAGCAGCACAUUUGAAGGAGCAUGUUCCCAGAACCAGGAGUUACAUUUUGCCAAAAAGGACAAUCCAUCAAUCUUGCAACCAUAACUGUGAAUCCAUAUGGUUGUAUGUAACAAAGGGACCCCUCCUACUUGGACAUCAUUCGUUUGGAGUAUGAGUCACAGUGGAUUUGAUAUCUGUGGUUUGCAGCUGACGCCAAAGUAUAUGUGAUUUAGAAGCAGAUCGUUUUUCUCAGGAAAUGCACUUCAACCAGAUAAAUAAAUAUUGAUUUAAUGGCUCUCUUGAAGAUGCACUGGACACCAGAGCAUGCCCAGCCGCUCAACCAGUGGCCAGAGCAGCACCUUGAUGUCUCCUCAACUACUUCAUCUCCAGCACACAAAUCUGAUGUGUAUCAAAAUAGUCGACAAAGGCUUAAUUACGCAUGGGCAAAUGAUGACAUAUCUGCACUGACCGCUUCUAACCUCCUGAAGAGAUAUGCAGAAAAGUACUCUGGGGUCUUAGAUUCAUAUGAGAGAGCACCACUAAGUAGCUAUACAGAUGGGGCAUUUGGACCUGUUAAUGGGCAGAAAAGUGAUCUUGAAUCUUGGCAAAUGUCACAUGGGUCUGAGAGUUCCUAUACUGUAAACUCUAUACAUGACAGUUUGGCUGGCUCCAAAUCAGGCAAUGGACAUAUUGGGUUGGGCAGCCCAACAAUUGCAUCGGGCAACUUGCCUGAACCACUUUAUCCUGGUAGCACAUGCGGAGCACCUAAUCCUGCAAGUGGUCUUGUUGCACCUCAGGAUUAUACCUCAACCUAUAGUGGCACAUAUCUCCCAUCUGGAUAUUGUAGUCAGCCCACUGCAGCACUUCCAGCAAGCCACCCGUCAUCUCUCCAUAGCUCAGGACUUCAACCAACACAUGCUUCACCAGCUUUAGUUCAUGGAUAUAGUUCUUCUGGCACAAUAUAUAACUAUAGUUCAAGCAGCUACCCGACUCAACCUGGAUAUGGAGGGAUGCAUCCAGCACAUCCUUCUGGUUAUCUGCCUUCAGGUAUUGCUGCUCCGACACCACUUCCACCUCAUACAGCAUCAUCAAGACCUACUGUGGUCCCUGGAUACAGUUACCAAAGUUCCAAUUUAGCAUCAAUCUCAGUCACUCCUCUGAGCACAGAGUCAAGCAGUUCCUUAAAGCGGAAAGCUUUUGAUAUGGCCACAGAGGAAAGUGAGGGUAAAUACAGAAAAUACAGCUAUGAGCAACCAAAGACUACAUCAGAUACAUCAUUUCAGAUGUCUGACAAUGUACCAAAUGAAUGCAGAGGCAAUGGCUUUAGUCGCAAUGGUGAGACCCCUCAGAUGCCCUUUAAACCUGGAAAGCACCCAGCAGAAGAAGAACAAAUAGGAAAGUACAGCAGUCAGUCGAUGAAGGCAAUGAUUUCACCUACAUAUAAUGAAGAGGUCCCUUUAAGACCUGGUGAGACAUUUGGUAAGUUUACACCACCAAUAAUUAAUGAACGGAGGGGGAAUGAACAAGGACAUGUCUUUACACAGAGAAUGCAGAUUUCAGGGAUUAAGCCACCAGGAUUUUGUAACCCAUCAGAGGAUAAGUUAAAAAAUGUGGAUCCUCUCAUUUUAGAACUUGUCAAUGAUGAAAUUGUGGACUGUGGGCCCCCAGUGCAGUGGACUGAUAUAGCUGGCCAUGUAUCUGUAAAGGCUGCAAUUGAAGAAGAAUUAGUGUGGCCUAUUUUAAGACCUGGUGCAUACACUGGAGCCAACAGACCUCCAAAAAGUAUUUUACUGUUUGGCCCUUCAGGUUCAGGAAAAACCCUUUUGAGCAGGUGCAUUGCAACCCAGCUGGGGUCUACAUUUCUGAAACUCAACAGCGCUCUACUUGUCUCUAAAUGGAAGAACAAGAGUGAAAAGGUUUUGCAGACUGUGUUUUACAUGGCAAGCUGUCAUCAGCCUACUGUGGUUUUUAUUAGCGAAAUUGAUCUGCUACUUUCUGCCCAUAUCAGUGAGGAAAAUGCUCACCUCAGUAAUCUGAAGUCCCAAUUACUUUCCUUCUUGGAUAGCAUAGCUACCUCAACUGAUGAUAGCAUUAUCUUUAUUGGAACUUCUCAGAGACCGGAUGAUAUUGAUGAAGCUGCUCACCGUAGGUUUGCCAAGCGGUUUUACAUAGCUCCCCCUGAUACUCUAGCAAGGAGGCAAAUCCUCCACCACACUUUGGCUCAACAAAACUACUGCCUUAGUGAAAGGGAAAUGGCCCUUCUUGUUCAGCACACAGAAGGCUACUCUGGCAAUGAGCUCAUUCAACUCUGCCAGCACGCUGGAGCCAAUCACCUCCAUGGUAUUUCUGGUCAACUUCAACCCACAUCCUACAAAGACUUUGAGGGGGCGUUCUGUAAACUGCGAGCUGGUACUUCCCAAAAGCAAUUAGACUUAUAUGCGGAAUGGAAUAAAAUGUACGGCUCAAGACAUUAACUGUGGAAUGAAAUCUGUUUAAUACCUUGACAUAACACUGGCAUUGUUUUUUUUUUGUUUUUUUUUCCUUAGGGUGCGUGUGUUGAAUCCUUAACAUGAGUGGAUACCUUAAAGAAGUGUUUCUUCCCUGUAAACGUAAAUGUGACAAUUUCAUGUCAAGCGAUGGGCAUCUUUUUUUUAAAUGCGCGUGUGUAUACACAUUGACAUAUUUGUACAGCAAUUUUCACACCAUUGAAUGUUUUUGAGGAAAAAAAAUCAAAAUUUUUGUUAUUGUUUUCACGUUUGGAAACCUAUAAGAAAGAAAAGUAGCUCUUCACUGUACUCAGGAUAUCUUCUAUUUAUUGCCAAAUGAUGGCGGUGCCACUGUAGUUUGGUGAUUAGGAAUUCAGAUGUUCUGCAAGUAUAAUAUGAUCUCAAGGACUUGUUUCCACUGGUUCAUCAUGGCCAGUCUGUUCAUAUGUUAAUGGUUUUAUCAUCAGAAAAUGUUAGCCCCUUCAUGGCACUUUGGGGAGCCCAGUUCACACUUGUCGUAGAUUUGGUGACCAGGAACAGCAAUUGAUUGCGUUGUACAAGGCUCAAGAACCAACAACUAAGAAGGGAUGGAAAGAAAAGUACACUGCUAGCUAAGUAUAGGAACCAUUUGUAUUUUUUUUUUACUUGUUUUUAUGUUCUUCAUGUUUAUUUUGAAAUACUCAGGAAAAGUUUACUUCCAAAAAGAAUGUGUAUAGGACUCAUUUUCAAGAUCAUUUGAAUUAGAGACCAUAAAAGUACUUGAAGUUAUUACCAGGAUUGAAUGUAUUGCCAGUUCUUUCACUCCAGUUAUCAGGAACAAAAUGUCCUACAAAGGUUAUAAUCCGGUUAUAAUUUUUUUCUUAAUUAUUAUUAUUAUUUCAUUUUUACUGUAGUGUUUAUGGAGUUAUGUGGUUUCAAAAUGUGUCAGUAGCACGGUAGAUUGGAACACAUUGUCAGUACCACUUUUUGGAUAUUAUUUCCUGUGUUUUAAAUGGUUUAUGUCAGAACUUCACAUAUGUCUUUCUAUGUUGACAAUGUUUACAACUGUGAUCUCGUUUUAUGUGGUAGCUACAAAAGAAAUGCAUAGUAUUGCCCACAACUGAUCAGUGGUUAUUCCAUCCAUAUGCAAGAAUGAAGCCCUUCAAAAAAAAAAUCCUACAAUUGAGUAUACUGGUUCAUUACACACAAUAGAAGAAGCCAUUUUGUGAACCUAAGCAAUGUUCACAUGGAUGAACACUUUGGCCUGGUGCAUGACUAGGCUUUCAAAAUGGCCUCAUCAUUAUGGAUCAUGUAUCAAUUGGCAUUCAAGAAAAAAAAAGAAAAGAAUAACAUGGUUUAUCCACAUAUUAUUCAAUUUUGCACCUCAGUGGUUUAUAUAAAAGGCAAGUGUUUAGGCAUGUCAUGUAUGCAUACCUCCAAGUCAGAUUUGUAGAUUCACAAGUGUGUCAUACAAACAACACUACUGAUAUUUGACCACACUUACGUGAAGUUGAUAAGUAGAGGUGUAACUCAAAGCUCAUAGGCCCCAAAGCAUAACCUGUCUCAGGGUCCCCAAGCUAUUAUAGUACCAGUCUCUUCAUGUGGGGCAGAGGGACCUUGUGGACCUCCUUAGGCUCCAGGGCCAAGGUGCAAACUCAACCUCUGAACCCCAAGUGACCAGCAUGAACAGAAACAUAGCAUGUUCAGAUUAUGCACAAAAUACAAGUUAUAUCUUCUAAUUUAUUUUAACAUGUUAUCGUUCUUUAGUUUACUAGAUGGAAAAUGUUUGAAAUCAUCAUUUUGUUAAAUGACCAAAGAACUCAUAGUGUUUAAGUAAAGAUGAAUGUAAAAUACCAAAGUGUUUAGGGAUAGGGAUUAUUCACUACACUGAAUGCCAAAUCACAUUACUGUCCACCCAUAGUUACUAUAUACAGUGUUCGUUCUUCUAUCAGAUUGUUUACUGAUCACUAAUGGUCUUGUUUGUCUCUUUAUGUAUGCCUCAUUUUCAUGUGAAAAUAUGUUCUCUUUAAACCAAAGUUUGUUAGUGAUUAAUAUUUUGAAAUAUUGUCAUAGAAAGUUCUAUUAGUUUUAUAGUACAUAUUUAAUCAGUUGCCUCCCGCCUUCUCUGUAACUCAGCCUGGAGUCAAAAAUUAUUAAAACUAUACCUUGUUUUUGUUUUGAUUUAAACCAAAGAUACUAAGAAUUUCAUUUUGUACAGUUCAACUUUUGAAUGGGUUGCGAUGUAAUGUAUGUAUUAUAUUCAGACUAAUGUGAUUAAAAUGUUGCAAUGUGCUAUGCUGUUCAUUAAAAAAUGUCAGGGCAUAUUCAGAGACUGUGCACAGCUCUUGAGGAUCAAACUUUUCAUGUUAGUAAGCCUUCAAGAGGCUCCAUUGUAGUGUGUAGUAUAUUGGCAGCACACCAAAUAUAGGUAAGCCUCGUCUUCUAACAGUAGUCUUGUGAUAUUCUCAAUUAUCAUGACUAGAUAUUAUCCAUAGCUUGUAGUAUCUUAUUUAAAAAAUGCCAACGCCAAUUCUUAUAAAAACCUUGCCAGAAUUUAAGACAAUGUAACGGCAAUGUAAAGUUUAGCAAAUGCACGCACUGAACGUUUCCUACUAAAUCCUAGUGUAUUAAUUUAAAGGGGUUUUCUAAGAUUGUAAUAGCUAUGACUCAUCAUCAGGAUAGGUUAUUAAUAUUAGAUCGAUGGAGAUUUGACACCUGGGACCCAUCACUUGUGGGACUGUGGCCUCCUCAAAGCUUACUAAGCACAGCUCCGUCCAUUGGAAUGCGUGCCGCAUGGACCUCUAUGUUUCAUAGAUGUCACAAAGAAUAAAAUAUUAGUAUUAUCCCAUAAAACAACCACCACAGACUACAGGUUCGCAUUCAAAUUCCCCCAUGACAGUUUUAUGGCAUAAAAAAGUUGCAAACAUCAUGUUUGCGACUUUUUAAAUGCCACUGCGCCUAAUUUAAGCCAAAAUGGGACAUGCUGGUGCGGGACCAGCAAAUAAAUUUUCUUGUGCGCCACUUUCUGGAGCUGCCAUAGGUUUCAGUAUAGGCGCAUGGUUUGCCGGAGGAUGUGCCUAAUUUAUGUCGAGGCAUGCUCUUUGUCAUAAAUUAGGCACAUGUUCCAGCAGCGCAGGGGAUAGUAUAGACUGGCAUAAAACUCUGGUUUGUGAUAAAUUGCCUCUCAAAGUGUUCAUAAGGAAUAGGAGAUCAAAUAUUAGAACAUUCACUGGGCUCUAAUUAACCGCUAUGUAAAUACUAUACUCCUUUUACACUGAUUUUGCUGUGAAGUAUUAGUAAAAAGCCUCAUCAUUUUAAUUUUGUGGUUAACCACAGUUAAACCAAACCAUCUAGAAAUCCAUUACAAACCCUUCAUUGUCAGCUUCGGCCUCCUUGUACAUUCACACAGUAUAAUUACAGCACGGUAAAAAUCCUUUACCAAUCAGACAUAGGAUUGCUUUGUAUUAAUGAAUUGCACCCUUCAUCCACAAUGGUAAUUUCACACUGUCAGGCAUUAGGGUGCCACAACAUAUCCGGGGCCUGAUCCACAUGAAACUCAUCACUUGGUUUUGUGCCAAAGUCAAUUUCUCCUAACUACCUCAAGUGAAGAAAUGUUCCUGCAGAAUCCCUAAUUGCUAAUAAUGUCAAAUUGAUCCCUGAUAAAAGCAUUGCUUCUUUUCCCAUCCAUGGGAGAACUGUUGUGGUUAAUCAUUAAGGACUUUAUGACUUAACGGUACCUUUUAGAGCCUGUAACUCAAUAGUAAGGUAAAAUACACAAAACCGAUUUAUAGUGGUUUACGAAAGCCCUUCACAAACUCCUGGACAGGAAUGCCAUGAGGUUCUGAUACCACAGAGAGGGCAUUAAUAAAGAAAUCUGAAGGAAGGGCAAGAGUAACUUGAGCUAACAUCCUUAGUGCUUAGCUUUGACUAAAUGUUCAUUUUUGUUGCAAUGAGGGUAAAAAAUGUAGGAAUCCCAUAUGACAGGUAAUUUGUUAUUUACCAGUGAUGAUGAGAUGUUGGUAGUGGUAGGACAACAAGGAACUAUACAUCGCUCCAGACACUGAGGGUAAUAUUUUUUAGCAUACUUUUGCCCCUUCCAUUUGUAACCUGAUUGAUGCACAAACCCCGAAGUGUUUUAAUUCCUUUCUGAGUUAUUUUUUCUCGAAAAUGCUAAUCAAAUAUUUCUAUCUCCAAUUAAUAGGGUCUUCUAUCCAUUAGUUUUACAACUCAGUGGAGCAUUUACUAGUGUUAAGCUAUUAGGAAUGAAUUAGCAAAUGGUCACUAUUGAUUUGAGAGCAGUCUAAUAUUAUAACACGUUAGAAAUAUCUACAUUAAAUUCACUUAAAGUAAGUCUACCAUUAUCUCUAGCAUUAGGAAAUUGCUACACUUGUAUUACUUGCUCUCAAAGAAAGCCUAUCCAUGUAAUAUCCCAGACAAAGUUCUUGGAAUAAUGCUUGGGAUGUGAAGAUGUUCUUUUAGGCUUUGUAGUGGCCCCCAGCCAUUCACAUAUUUUACCAUGAGCCUCAAAUAUAAUCAUGUAAACCUUGGACAACAUACUGUAUAUUUCCCAUCCUCCCACUCAAAUGAAAUCUAAUGAAUGAGUGAUACAUAGUCAGUAAAUUCCACUUAAUUCUGUAAUAGCGUGGCCUGAGCCUUGGAUUUGGCUCAGGAAAUGAAUGCAUCAAAAUAAAGAAUUCUUCACUGCCAUAAAAAGACUUAUCUUGCACUGAAAUACAAGCUUUCUGUGUUACUCAUGGGGCUAGUGUGUGAAGCAUACCACUUACAAACAAUACUCUCUUUGUGUGUGUAAUUAUUUCCAACUGUUUCAGGCUAAAGCUACUAAAUCUGUUCUAGAGACCCCCCUCUUCCUUCUGACAAUAUCACCUUGUUUAUUCUCACAUUGGUUUGCAUCUUACUUUUUUUGGAAUUUGACCCACAUUUAUUACAUGAAUGCCGUUCUUCUUUUGAGAAUUUCAGUCCUUACAUGUUGAGACAGUUUUAGACAUUAGACAUGCACACUCCACUCAAUCUAUACUUUGUUCUUCUUACCACUUACUAAUUGACAAUGAAAUACUAGGACUGUUAGGGUACAGCUACACGUUCAGAUUUCGAGAUGCCAAAACCAGGAGUGAAUUCAGAAAAGAGAAGAAGUCGUAUCUUUCCUUAAUAUUUUGUCUUCUUUUUUUUCAUUCACUGUUGAUUUUGGCUUUCAAAUCUGCAUUAAGAAACCUGAAUGUAUGGCCGUACCCUUAAGUUGGCCAUACAUUAAGGAUUUCAGAUGCCUGUUUUCUGACCAACCUAUCAAACACGGUUGGUCUGUGAAGGUUGUUGGCAAAGUUUUAAUUUAAAAUGACAAUUUGGACAAUACAAUUGAUCUGUGCUGUGAUCUGUAGUCUAGUCUGGGCUUUCUUUGAUGGGAAGCAGAUCUUUCAUUCAGUAUGAAUGACUUGACAAUCACCCCUAAACAUCCAACACAGCAGAUCAAAUUUUUUAUAGAUAUCUUUCAUCACUUGGCAUCUGUCACGCUUGUUAGUGCCACAAAACAUGGCCAUCCAAAAUCUUAGUGCAUGUUCAUUGUCACUUUAGGACCUUUAAAAACUUUAAACCCUGAUAGAGCUAAUGUUGAAGAAAUACAAUGUAUACAAAAAGACUGAUAUGGUUAAGGAACGAACGACUGAGAAUAUAGAUAACAUCUUUAUAAUGGUUUAUCAUUGUUAUCAGAAUUACGAUAUCCAGACUGAUGGCAUGACAGAAGUGUCUGUUCUGCCCAUAGACGUCAUGUGAAAAGCAUUGCAGUGCAUUGCCGUCAUUACUUGAUAGUGAUCUAACCCUGGAAUUCCUAAGGGUCAUGGUAAGAACCUUUAAGCAAAGAAUUCUGGUUUCAUAUAGCAUAAAGACUUUAGUCUGAUGGUGAUUUGAUUCUUUAAUUUUACAUAAACUGGUACAUUGAUUUGACAAAACAUAGUGCACCAAAGUAAAGAUUCCUGGGGUAUGUUUGUAGUCUUUGUCCAUUGUGAAGGAGAUGGGAAGACAGACAAUAGAUCGAUGCAGGACAAAACAUCAAAGUCAUGAUGAGUGUGUGAUGGAGGCUGGAUGCCAAUAUGUUCUUUAUUCUGAAUAUUUAGACAAUUCUGAGAAGGCUUUGGAGGGUAUGUGAAGAGUAUCUCCCUCCAGGUUUAAUGUGUUGUUGAAUAGUACAGAGUGCUAUUCACACUAUUAUCAAUGGUGGCAAUCAAAAACUGGAGGAAUUUCAUAGCCAUGAUCUGUGAGCGAGUUAGAGAUUGUUUUAUGGUUGUCUAUACCUGUGAUAUUCAACUUGUGGCUCUCUGUAGCAAUUGCAUCUAUUUUGAGCAAGUAUGUAUCAAGAAAAGGUCACUGUAGAAGAGCCCCUGUCAUAGGUCUGCCUAUUCUAUGGCUCAGUUAUCUGGUUAUGUGACCCCCUUAAGCAAAACCUGAAACUUUAUAAGAUAAACAUUAAAUAGUAUUUUGCCAGAAAUAUGUACAGUGAUAAAUACCGUAAUCAUCUUCUGUUUUAGACUAGUAAGAAUUUUAACUGUAAUCAUAAAAAUCAGUGUCCAAUUCUAGGUACAGUAUGUUUUAGUGGAAUACAAAUCAAGAACCCCAAACCCAAAUUUGGGAUCCCUAGGUCCAAGUCCUGUUUUUCUGUUCUAGACUAAUGCAACUGGCUAGAUUCAUCUUCAUUUAUUCUAAGCUGUGAAAAUCUCUGUUUCUUCUCUUUUUAGACCAGCUGUGCCAUUCCUUUAUUAUUCCUAGUAGCAGUUUAUGAAUGAAUCUCCAGCAAUUUGCAAUAAAAAUACGGAUGGGUGUUACCAGAUGGCGUGUGUCCCUGUACAGUCUGACACUAUCAAGUCAGUGCUGCCAGCAUCUGACCAUGCAGGGACCCCCCACCCGGUAACACCCAGAUGGACCUUUAUUGCAGACUGUUGACCAUUCAAUCAUAUACUUCUAGUAGAUAUAUUAAAACAGACAUGUUAGGAGAAGUGACAGGUCCACUUUAAGACUACAUCCAAAUGAAGGCUACAUCUACAGGUUUUGUACAUAUACUUGAAGGAGUACAUAUAUGAUGUAAUGCAUGUUGUUAGCAUUCUUAAGAAAAAAAGAUAAAUUUGACAAAAACUUUCCCUUACUUUAAUAAGUUAAAUCAUGCCUUAUUCUCAAUGCUGUUGGAUAUAACUGUAGAUGCUGGUCAGCGUCUUUGAGAACAUCUGUAACUACGCACUGCAAAAAAAAUAAAAAUAAAUCCAUUUUCUAAGAAAACAGAAAUAAUUCACUGUGCACUGAAUGUUAUAGCCCUAGCUGUCCUCCUCAGACCGUUUUAUCACAACAAUCUAUCAUCAUAGCAGGCCUCUCCAGCUACUAAAGAAAUGCAUUUUCCAAAAAGUGGUACUGUGUCAAAUGCAAAGGUUUUCAUCUGACCGUGUCCCAUCUUCUGUAACCAUUUCUACCUCAUUUUGCAAUGUAUUGUACAUGAAGUAUUUAUUUCAUGUCCUUUUAAUGUUGGGAUACUCUUGAGCUGUGAUGGUCUACCUCAAAAUACUGUAUUUUAAAAGGAAAAAGUAUUACGCAGUAUUAAAGAGAUUAUGUGAACUUUCU